AUGCCUUUCACUGCCUCCGACGUCUGCAAGAUCAUCUUCGCCAUCAUCCUCCCCCCUCUGGGUGUCUUCCUGGAGCGCGGAUGUGGCGCUGACCUGCUGAUCAACAUCUGUUUGACCAUCCUCGGAUGGAUCCCCGGUAUCAUCCACGCCAUGUAUGUGCCCUUGUUCUUUGCUCCCGGAGCGGCCGCUGACCAGAUCGACCAGCUAUAUCAUCUUCAAAUACUAGAGAUACCAUACGCGCGAAUUCGCGAUCGCCGACCCCUGGAAAGCGAUGCCGACUCCCAUUUCCACCGUGUGCACGCAAGGGGCGGUGCGAAUCGUUAUUCAGACCGGUGUCAGCAUUCCGUGGUGGUCCGGUCGAAACUAGCCUCAUGCAGCCUCCACUUGGCAUCGGGUUACCAUGAUGUCCAUAAUUCCCUAAUCUCUCUCCGUGGUCGCAUAUGUCUUGUUUUUGAUUUGCCUUGA